GCUUGGAGCCGUCGGGGCGCCCUCGGGGAUCUGCGCGCCGCGCGCCUUUGGAGAGCUCCGCCGCCGCCGCCGCCGCCGCCUUUGCCAGGGGAUCGCGCGCCCGGGAUCCGCCCCAACCGGCUUCCGCCCGAUGCUGAACAUGAGCGAGGAGCACGCCAAAGCCCUGGAGGCGCCGGGCAGCCCCGCGGGCACGGCCAGCUCGCUGUCGCACGUGGACUCGGACUCGGACGCGCCGUCGUCGCCCGCCGGCUCCGAGGGGCCCCCGAGCUCGGCGGCGCGGGCCGGCGGCGGCUGCAAAGGCGAGGCGGGCGACGUGGACGAGCGCUUCCCGGCCUGCAUCCGCGACGCCGUCUCGCAGGUGCUGAAGGGCUACGACUGGAGCCUGGUGCCCAUGCCCGCGCGCGGCCCCGGCGCCCUCAAGGCCAAGCCGCACGUCAAGCGGCCCAUGAACGCCUUCAUGGUGUGGGCGCAGGCCGCGCGCCGCAAGCUGGCCGACCAGUACCCGCACCUGCACAACGCCGAGCUCAGCAAGACCCUCGGCAAGCUCUGGCGUUUGCUGAGCGAAAGCGAGAAGCGCCCGUUUGUGGAGGAGGCCGAGCGGCUGAGAGUCCAGCACAAGAAAGAUCACCCCGAUUAUAAGUACCAGCCCCGCCGGAGGAAAAGUGUCAAAGCCGGCCAGAGCGACUCCGAUUCUGGGGCCGAGUUGGGCCAUCACGGCGGAAACCAGAUCUACAAAGCGGAUGCUACUUUAGGGCCCAUGAAUGAAACACACCACCAUUCUGACCACACAGGGCAAACCCAUGGUCCGCCAACCCCGCCUACAACCCCGAAGACAGACCUCCACCAUGGCAGCAAGCAGGAACUGAAGCACGAAGGGCGCCGUCUAGUGGAAAGCGGGAGGCAGAACAUUGACUUCAGCAAUGUGGACAUCUCAGAACUGAGCAGCGAGGUGAUCAGCAACAUGGAGACCUUUGACGUCCACGAGUUUGACCAAUAUUUGCCCCUCAAUGGCCACUCCGCCAUGACGGCUGACCACGGGCAGAACUCCACCGCAGGUUCUUAUGGGGCCACCUAUUCUCAUUCAGCCAACGGCACCAGCGGUGGAGCAGCUCCAGUCUGGACUCACAAGAACCCUUCUUCGGCGUCCCCUUCCUCCACCGAAACCGGUCAGCAGAGGCCCCAUAUCAAGACAGAGCAGCUGAGCCCAAGCCAUUACAGCGACCAAUCUCAUAGCUCUCCUACUCACUCAGAGUACGGAUCUUACAAUGCCCAGGCCUGCGCAACCACAGUGUCGUCGGCCACGGCCACAGCCUCGUUCUCCAGCUCCCAGUGUGACUACACAGACCUCCAGAGUUCCAACUACUACAAUCCAUAUCCAGGUUACCCUUCCAGCAUCUACCAAUACCCGUACUUCCAUUCCUCCCGCAGACCCUACGCAACCCCGAUCCUGAACAGCUUGACCAUCCCUCCUUCACACAGCCCCACCGCAAACUGGGACCAGCCGGUCUACACAACUCUGACAAGACCUUGAGAGGGCCCAAGGAACUGUUGAAGUCCUUCUACUCCUCCUGCAAAAAAACACACAAAAACUUAUGCACUGCACGGAAAAGCAAAAGCGGAAAGCGGCGACAGGAGAGUCCAUACCAGAAUGUCAUUUUGUUGUCCCAAGUGCCUCCUUCUCUGUACGACCGGACGCCUUUCCUGAAAUCUUUAAAUUUUUGAAAGACAGAGUUCUAUUUUCUUUAUUAAUAAUAAUUAAUUAAAGCGUCCAGACUGACGAUUCCUUUUGAAUACGUGAAAGACAGCUUUUUUUCUAACUCCUCUGUGAGGACUUGAAGAGAAUGACUCAACUUGUAUGCAGGACUGUCCAGAAGAGAAAGUGGACCUGAUGGAGAUAUUUGAGGGGUUUAUUGCAAUGGGAAUUUUAAGCAGAAAGAAUCAAUAUAGAUCUUUUUUUUUUAAUGCUAACACUACAAUUAACCGUACCGAAGGACCGUACAAGAAUCUUUUGGGACCAGCCCACCAACUAAUGUCAGAAAUCCUUUGCUGUAGUUGCCAGAGCUCUUCUAAUCAAGGUUUGAUUAUAAGUAACAUUUUGUUUGGAAGCUUGAAAUUGUGUGCGAAGCUCUCCAAAAAAAAAAGCGCGUUGAUUUUUGUUGUUGUUUUGGAGUAAAUUUGUUAAAUAUGUAUUUAUGUUCUAUGUCAUUUUGUCCUCUUAAUUAAUGAAGUAAUUCUGUACAAGAAGUAGAAUUUUAAAAGAGAAUUUUUAAAAGAGGUGUAAAUUAGUGGAGCUGAGAUGUUUUUUUCCUCUUGAUUCAGAGAAAACACUGCAACAGCUUUUCUGUAAGCCAAAAAAAAAAAUCUCCUACUAAUACUUCAGGUGAAUUUGAAAUUAAAAAAAAAUUAGUAGCGGAAGGCCUUGAUUGGUGCUAGGCAGAAACAGGUAUGGAUCAGUUUAGGGGCGUGAAUAAAUAAUUUUCCAUUAAGCAAUGAACUACAUGAAUGGUAACCCCCACAAAACACUUAGAAAUCAAAAUAUGUCUUGCAGGAUAAGACCAAACUCCACUGCAUCCAGCAUCCAGAUUCCAAAAGCAGCCGCCUUGGAUUGUAAAGGUCAUACCACCUACUUGGCCAUCCUUAGUAUUUAGAAUUCUGAGGUACACCGCUUUUCAGUAUGGAGGUUCCACUUCAUGGCUCAUGAGUGUUAAUGGAAAUCUCUAAUUUUUUUAAAAAAAAUCACCUAAGUCAUUACCACUUUGUCAGGUAUUGAAUCCCAUAAGUUAGUUCCUUAUUUUAUGAAGAAGUACUUAAUUUUUUCAUAGUUAACACUGCAGCUAAUCAGGUUCAACAAACGGCUGCCCAAAGAGGAGAGGAAAUAUCCCUCUCCAAGGAAUAGCAUUUUGGGAAUGAUCAGGGUUCAGAUUUUGGCUUGAACAAGCAAAUCAGAUUUGCCCCCACACACAUAGAGACAUUGGGCAGCUAGAUUGCCUAAAAGGUUUCAAUGAAGCAGGCAGGAAUCAAAACUCGUAAUACAAUUUACGUUUUUGAAAUUUAACUGGAGAAACAGGAAUGAUGGCCAGUCCAUUUUGCAUUACUCACGUUGACACAAAGUUCCCUUUUUCCAACGCAUGUCAACUUUAACCGUGAUUGCCAGUUGGGAAAAGACUUUCUGGGUGUACCUGGCAGAGGUCAUGUGGAUUUUGGUAGCUUCCUAUCAGUUCAUGACCAUGACUCUUUCCAGAAAAAAAACACGAAAACCUCUUCUUCCAAAUGAAUAUUUUGCCAGAGCAUUCCUUUGCGAGAAUGGAUAUAAAAUACAGGCAAAAUCUUUAGCAGGCAGGGCUUACUUCCUUCUCCUUGGUUGGACUACUUGAGUGUAAAUGCGGGAAAAGAAAAAACUAGAAAAAAUAUAGUAAUAGGGUUUUCCCCCCUCCUGUGCCAACUAGUUUCAACAUACUAAAUUGGAUUUGAAGGCAUCAUUGAAUUUUUGGACUAUAUCAGAGGCACAGGGAGUUUCGAGAAAUUACAUUUUAACCAGAAGUUACGGAUUGAGUUUCACUUUAAUGUUGCCUGUUAAGGGACCAGAUGUCAUCCAUCAAAGCUGUGAAAAUAAACGUUCUCCACUAUAUUUUGGUUAGAUUUUUUUUAGACGUAGACUAAUAUUUCAUUGAUAUUUUGUUCCAUUGUAUGCUGAGCAUAUAAUAACCGUCUAAUGUUGUGCCUUUUAAAAGAAAACUUUAUAAAAUUUUAAGCUUUCAGAGGCUGUUUCUCUUAUCUUUUCUAUGUUUCGUAUCCUUGGGGUUUUCUUGUUUUCUCUUUUUAUUUUCUAGAAGUAUUUUUUUGCAUAUUGCCUUUUGGGGAAUAUGGGGAGGGGGGGAGAAAGGGGGUGGUGUGUGUGGGGGGGUAGAGAUGCCACACUCCUUUUACACCAUUUGUUUUUCUGUAUAAAGUUUGAAGGUCUCCUGUUAUUCCUUCUCUGUUCUGUUCGCUACUAGCUUCCAACUAAGUAAUGCUAACUUUUGUACAGAUCCAUUUGAUAAGAUUAAAAACAUGCCUUUUAUCUA